AUGUCUGGACAGAAGAUCUGGCUGCGCGCCGAAACCAAGCCUGCUGAGGCCCGGUCUGCCUUGACUCCUACGACCUGCAAGGCUUUGAUCGAUGCCGGAUACCAGGUGACCAUCGAGCGCUCUUCGCAAAGUAUCUUUGACGACGAAGAAUUCGCCAAGGUCGGUGCGCCUCUCGUGGCAGAAGGGUCCUGGGUCACCGAUGCACCCAAGGAUGCCUACAUUCUCGGUCUCAAGGAACUGCCCGAAGAUGACUUCCCUCUGGAGCACGUCCACAUCUCGUUUGCCCACUGCUACAAGCAGCAGGGAGGUUGGGAGAAGGUGCUGAGCCGGUGGCCGCGGGGCAAGGGCACGCUGCUGGACUUGGAGUUCCUGACUGAUGACCAGGGACGGAGAGUGGCUGCUUUUGGAUACUCGGCUGGUUAUGCAGGUUCUGCAUUGGCGGUCAAGAACUGGGCGUGGCAGUUGACGCACCCCGAUGGCACGCCAUUGCCCGGCGAGGUCCCCUAUGCUAACCAAGACCUUCUGGUCCAGUCUGUCAAGGAGUCGCUUGAGGCGGGCAAGAAGCAGGCUGGCCGCCUGCCCAAGGUCCUUGUUAUUGGCGCCUUGGGACGCUGUGGCAAGGGUGCCGUACAACUGGCCAAGGACGCCGGGAUUCCCGAGUCCAACAUCAUUCAGUGGGACAUGGCAGAGACUGCGAAGGGUGGCCCCUUCCGGGAAAUCAUCGAGGAGGCAGACAUCUUUAUCAACUGCAUAUACCUCUCAUCCAAGAUUCCUCCGUUUGUCAAUGUCGAGAGCCUCUCCUCUCCGAAUCGGACUCUGUCCGUUGUUUGCGACGUGAGCGCUGACACGACGAACCCCAACAACCCUAUCCCUAUCUACGAUAUCACCACCACCUUCGACAAGCCCACUGUCCCUGUCACCCUUCCUGCCAGCGCCCAGGGGCCGGCUCUCAGCGUGAUCAGCAUCGACCACCUCCCGUCCCUCCUCCCGCGGGAGAGCUCGGAGAUGUUCAGCGAGGCUCUGCUGCCUAGUCUGCUUCAGUUGAACGACCGGGCUAAUGCGCGGGUGUGGCAGCAGGCCGAGGACCUGUUCAAUGAGAAGGUGGCCACCCUGCCGUAA